AGCUGUCAGUUUUUCAUACACUGCCGACCGUAGCGGUUGAAAAUCGUAUUUUGAGCGCGAAGUGUGUAAACGCUGACAACUGAUACAUAAAACAAAAAAGCUAAGCGCCAGCAAGUGGCAGAGUGGGCAAAAACAAAAAAACACUUUUAACAAACGGGAAAAACAAAUUUUCCGACGGAAAUCAGGAAGGUAUCACCAACAACAGCAAACAAGACACGCCUUCAUUUUAUUGUUAGCAGGUUAUUUCUUAAUUGGAAGUUUAUGAAAAUCAAAGAAUAUUUUACGCUUGUCGUUUGAGUGUGUUCCUCUUUGUAAAUCGUAUAUUAUUUAUUAAAAAUAAUUGUAUAAACUUAAUUAUGCAAUAUUCUCCAGCGAUAAGCAAGCGUAAAUCAGCACAAAAGGUCGAUCGAAAAAAAUUGAUUCAUGGUUUCACUGAUAUGAUUACACACACAUGCAUACAUAUAUACAUGCAUACAAAGGGCUAUAGAAUGUACUAACUGCAUAGAAACUGCAAAUGUCUGUCGUUUCCUACGAGCCUUUUCUUUUAACGCGCUAAAUAUUGUUAGCUUUGUCAAUGGCCAGCUGAUCUGUUUAAUAUGAACAAGCGCACAUAUAGUUACGUUAAAGCAUCACUGCCAUCGCCGCACAUACACCGACAACAUCACAAGCAUGUCAUCAACUGCAGCCGUCGCACCACUGCCAGCCAUCGAUAUCGAUCAGCCCAAAUAUGACCAGAGCACAUACCUUAAUCGUGCCAAGCAUUUCUUCUUGCUCACCAAUCCGUUGAAUCUCUUAGCCACCAACGAGGAGUUGGAGCGCGCCAAGCGUAUCGUACACAGUUAUCGUGCCGGCAAACCGGUGCAGGAAUGCGGCAGUGUUGAGGAGCUAUGGCGCGCCAAGUACCUGUACGAUUCGGCUUUUCAUCCGGAGACAGGCGAGAAGUCGUUGAUUAUUGGUCGCAUGUCGGCUCAAGUGCCAAUGAACACGCUGAUUACAGGAUGUAUGCUAUCGUUCUACAAGACCACACCAGCAGUCGUCUUCUGGCAAUGGGUCAAUCAGACAUUCAACGCAGUUGUCAACUAUACAAAUCGCUCUGGAUCAACACCAAUUUCUAAAGAGCAAUUGCUUACUUCAUAUGUAUUGGCCACUGGUGGCGCGCUGACCACAGCACUCUCCCUCAACCGGCUAGUGAAGAAUUUAAACCCGCUAAUUGGACGUUUAGUACCCCUGGCGGCUGUGGCAGCAGCUAAUUGCAUCAAUGUACCCAUGAUGCGCAUGCAAGAGUUGAAAAACGGCGUCACUUUGCUGGACGAAAAGAACAAUGAAUUGGGCGUUUCGAAGAAGGCAGCUGCCGUUGGUAUCACAGCUGUGGUGGCUAGUCGCAUUGCUAUGGCUGCACCUGGAAUGGUACUAACACCAUUGUUGAUACAGUCGUUGGAAAAACGUGGCUUCCUCAAGCGCUUCCCCAAAGCCAGCGCACCUAUCCAGACACUCUUCUGCGGUUUCGUCUUGAUAUUUGCCACCCCGUUGGGCUGUGCUUUCUUCAGUCAACGCGCCGCAAUCGAGGUGGGCCGCUUGGAGGAUGACGUGCAACAAGACAUUAAAAAACAUAAUGCCGAGCUUAAAGAAGUAUGGUUCAACAAGGGCUUGUAAGCCAAAGGCAGUUUUAUUGAGAAUAUCUUUUAGAGACUUUGCAUUUUUAAAGGACAAUAAAAAAUUCCAUUUAGUUUUUGACAAGCGCUUAUCGUCGUUAGCAUUUGUGUUAGAUAAAAGAAUAAUUACUUGGCAUUUAUAUGUAAUUAAUAUAAUUUAUAUAGUUAUUCGCGAUUUAAUUGUACUUUAGAUCAAUCGUGUACUUUAAUAUUCCAACGUUGCUUUGCAGCAUUGUAAAGAAUUACCUCAUUUUAGACAUGUUCAUGCUUAAUGAUAACUUACUUAAUAAUAAUUUAAAGUGUUUUCUUCAUAUUUUUAAAUGUAUUGUACACGAAAUUGUUUAGAAGGAAACAAAACUAUGUAAUGUAGAUAUGUUAUUGCAUACAAAAAUAAAGACUAUUUUUGAAUUAAUGUAACUUCAAUUAAAAAU